CAUUUUACAGUAGACUUCGAAUCUACUCAUAUAAAUGGACCUUUAGUAGAAGGUUGUUGUAAUCCACAAUAUAAAAUAGUAUGAUGUUUAAAUACAACAGUGCGCAUUGAUACAUUGGCAGAUAUUUGUUGCGGCUUAACAGAUGGAAGCAUUGUUGAAGUAAAAAACAUAGUUUAUCAUAAAGAACUUAACAUGAAUGUCAUUAUAGGCAAUCAAUUCUGUCAUAAGGAAGAUUUAUAUGAUAUUCCUUGUUCUUCAUCUCUUAUAGGAAUAUUUACUGUAUAUAACUUAUCAGAAUUGAAGAUAUGGCCAAUAGAAAAUAUUAAAACAAAAUAUGUUAAACUACCAUUACACAAUAAUAAGUUUGCAGUUUUUCCAUUAUUGCACUAAUAAAUAAAUAUAUAUAUACAUAUAUAUAUAUCGUCGUUUAGUUCAAAUUCUAUCAUGGAAGAAGUAUACUCUAUUGUUGAAUUUGAAGAUGGUCUUCAAAUGAUCCCUAGUUCUUGGCUAACUGAAAAUAAAACUGCUGCUCGUUGGCCUCAAUUUACUUCACAUGCAAGAUUUACGAAAGCUGUACAAAAACGCAUAUCAUAUGAAAACAGUUGGCCUUUAUAUGAUGUCAAAAGAAUACUAGCUACUGCAAUUUUUGUUUUAGAAACAUAUGAAAAGGGACUGGUAAAAUUAAAGAAAGCAGAAUUUAUAUCAGAUAUAAAUUCAGAGAGUGAUGUUUCUGAAGAUUUGAAAAAAUCUCGAAAGGACAGAGCUAAGAGAACAAUAUCAAGCAGUGACGAUGCUACUGAUAAUGAAGAAAUUCAAUUACCACCUUUUCCUAAGAUUCCACAAACUACAUAUAACAAAAAAUUAAAAAAUGAUAAAGUUAAGCAGCAGUUAACAGAAAACGUUACAACUAUCAACAAAAAAAAAGACACAGAGAAAUCGUCAAUGAAUACUAAUUUAUCUACACUGAUGAAGAAGAAAGAAAUACAUUAUAAUUUAGUUGACANUAAUGAAGAAACAAACUAUGAUAAAAAUGAAGAUAUUUUAUAUAAUAACAAAUGUUUCGAUAACUUUUAUAAAAGUAGUAGCGACGCUAGUUCAUCAAGUUUCGAUUUUCAACGUUAUAUGAUAAGAAAACUCACUGACAUAGGAUUUUAAAUAUCUUCAUUAGAUGAACAACAAAAACUUUUUAAUAAUAAAUUAAAUACUAUGUUACAACGUAUUGAAACAUUUUACACAAAUGAGAAAACUCAGCAAAAGGAAAUUGAAGACCAUCUAAUGAAAAAUUUUCCAAUUGAUAGCAUUGAAGAUUCAGAACAAUUCGAAAAAUUGCUAAUUGAAGGUUCUAUUAAUCAAGAACUAAUCAAACAGUUGUCACGUAUUGGUGGAAAUGAUAUUAAAGGAGUGACAUUUAAUCUUCUACGUAAACUAAUGUCUGAUAAAGUAGCUAGCAAGUUUAGUUAUAUUGGAGGUAAAAAAAAGCGAGUUUUUUAUGACUUACAGUUACGGAAAAUUAUAUUUAAUGUUAUACGAAAUCAUUUUGCNGAAGCAACAGAACACUGUGUUGCAGAGCCAAUUAAAUCUUGGUUGCGNCAUGCCAAUGAACGUUAUUUACAAAAAAAUUAGUAAAUUUGAAA